UUUUUUUACUGCCAUUGAUUUGAACAAAUCUGCCGUGUGGCCCCCACAGUACUCGAGAACAGUAGAGUAGAAAAACGAGUUUUAUUUUCGUGAACACAAGGAAGAAACUUGUACCGCAAGCAAUUGAAUAGACCGCAAUUAGUGGAAUAAUCGAUAUCAAAAGGUUUCAUUGAAAGUGUCUGAUUUGGUGGAAGAAGAGUGAGCUUAUGAACAGAAACAUUUAGCGCAAGAAGAAUCGUGCUCGACUACAGUGAAUUGUUAAUUGAAGAUUUCAUCCUCGAUUGUGAUUUUGUUUGGCUGAAAUAACCUGGAAUCAAAAUGAUUAAUCACAGUAUGGCCAGCUUGACACAUCCUCAUUAUGGAUUCUCGCUUGGAGGGCAGAUGGAUAUGCCGCCGGCAGGAGAUUACGCACCGCAACCGAACCACAGUCCGGGAAGUGUGGACGUAAAACCUCGUCUUAGCUUUCCGCCAACGUCGUUGGCCGGUUUCCAAACUCACACGCCAACCCAGCAUGGUUCACAGCAGACUUCUCCGGGACAGGAAGGACACAUCAAGCGACCGAUGAAUGCUUUCAUGGUAUGGUCCCGUCUUCAGCGCCGUCAGAUCGCCAAAGAUAACCCGAAGAUGCACAAUUCGGAAAUCUCGAAACGUCUUGGAUCGGAGUGGAAACUGCUGACCGAAGCGCAGAAACGUCCCUUCAUCGACGAGGCAAAACGACUCCGCGCCAGCCACAUGAAGGAACACCCCGACUACAAGUACCGCCCACGUCGCAAACCGAAGAAUCCUCUAGCCAGCGCAGCAAACGGACUCCCGCUCGGCAUGCAGCAACCCGGCAAGGCUACUCUCGGUUCGUCCUAUCCAUUCCCGCAGCUUCCGCCAUACUUUGCCCCCACGCACCACCUCCAGCAGCUAGAACAGCACUAUCCGGUUCCAUACUUCGGUGGAUUUGACCCGUUGACCCUAUCCAAACUACACCAAUCGCAGCAGAGCAUGCAGAGUACCUCACCGACCGGGCUGGAAGCGCAAAAAACUCAACAGAUGCCUCCGACGUCGCUCAGCUCGUUCUACUCCAACAUCUACAGUGGAAUCUCGGCAGCAGCCGCUGCAGCACCCCUCUAUGCCGCCCACUCCAACAGCCUCUACAACCAGUCCGUGUCGUCCGCAUCGCCCGGUUCCAGUCCCAGUGCAUCGCAGCAGUCCAGCGUACUGCCCGAUAUCGAAAACUCGAUGCGACGGCCCGUGCAGGUCAUCUACUAGGCACUAGGAUCCGCAGUGAUCAUCAUCUAUCUCAACCAACAGCAGUAGCAGUAUUUUCAGGACUCUGCAAACGAGUCCGUAAUCUGACUCCAGCAGCGUGUACAUAUUAGUGGUUAUGUAAGGAGAAAUUGGAUGACGAAGGUUUAGCCGCGCGGCGUUGACGUGCGCCAUGUGCCUCGCCAAGUGGAUAUGGAAAACAGCGAAGUCCGUAGGCUCGUCAGGAGAGCGGUGUUAUAAGUUUUAAUUUAUUCAUGUGAAAUUUUCGGAUAAGUAAACCGACAAAAAAGGAACGAUACCCCUCACACACACACAGAGUAUAGUAGGAUUUUUUUUUAUUAUUUUUUUAAACAAAAACCAUUGUGUAAACUGUAUGUUCACUUACUGUGUAUGUAAAUAGCGAGAGAUUUAUCCCGUUCCCGGGGUGGAAAACGAAAUUUUUCGUUUCUGUACUGAGAGGAAAGUUAGAAGAAAUAGGCUAAUCAUAUUAGGUACCGUAUAGCUUUCUAUGUUAGUUCUGAUUUUUUGUUUGUUUCAAUGAUAAGAUAUGUAAUUGGUUCGAAAGAAAGAAAGCACAAAAAAAAAACAUUCCAACAGUGAAAUUGAGAUUAUUUCCCAUCUAGUGACGGAUCCCAAAUCAGAAAGCUUUUUUUUUAUUAAUUUGCCGAUUCUCAACAGGAUGAAAAUCACGAAGGGAUACAAGCUUUAUACUCCUAUUACCGUGCGUAAUAUUAUGACGAUAUCAUUCUAGGCGGAUCGGACUCGGAUCGGCAGCAUCUGUGCGAUCACACCGAAACUGUAUCAAACUAAUAUUGUUUGUUAUUAUUAUUAUUAAAACUAAGACUGCCGCAGGGCUAAAAUAAUUGUAUGAAAAA